ACGCGCAAAGCGCAUGCGCGCCACCGUCUCUUCUUUUUCACCGUACUUGAGUAUUAUUCGAGUAAAUAUUUUAUAUGGCAGUGUUGACUCAACCGUUUCGUGUUGUUCGAAGUGCGGGAAUAAAUUGUUCACUCACACGACCAUUCCAAAAUGGCUGGACAUUCAGACGGAUAUUCAACAUAAUCAGCACGCAAAUAUGCACUAUAGCCGUCUCGCUCACUCUGUUCAACACCGUAAGGCUACCGAGAGAGGCGAUGAAGUAUGGAGAGCUGGCCUACCUGGUUGUUUACUCGUUCUGGCUGCUGGCCGUCGGGGUAUCUACGGCGGUGCUGCAGCUGGCCAUGGGGCAGCUAAGCCAGCAGGAUCCCGUGGGAGUUUGGAGAGCUGUCCCCAUAUUGCGAGGUGUUGGUCACUUAAGAUUGUUGACGUCAUAUCUGUGCUGCGCCUACAGUAUGAUCUACGUAGCUCUCUCCGCCGCUUAUAUCAUUUGGAUUGGUAAAGGGUCCUUCCCUUUGCGGGAUUGCACAAAACUGCAAAUCACAGUCAAUGGAUACGAGAAUAAAAUGAAUGCAACCGAAUGUUUCAACUCGACGUUUUUGGCGCCAUUCACCGAACAGCCGCAGUAUCUCGGCGUAAUGGCGAUUAUUAUAUUCGUUUUAUGGUUCUUUGUGCCCAUUAUGUUGCUCUACCUCCAGAAGUCACUGAAGGCGUCGCUUAUUAUACUAUCGCCUAUGAUAAUAGUAAUAGGGAUCGGCCUUUGCACAUUCGUGUCGAGCACACAGAACCUGACGGCACUCCUCGACAGCGAGUACUGGUCGGCGCUUGGGCAGCCUGGCAUCUGGCAUAGCGCUAUGGUACAGGCGCUGCUGUCUUCGCACAUCGUCAGUGGGUACUUGGUCAGUUCGGGCGGAACGCUGUACAAAUAUUCUGAUGUACGGUGGACAUCAACAUUCGUAAUAAUAACCAACUUUUUGUCUGGAUGGGUGUGGGUAUUUCUGUGGCAGUCAAUCAACACAGGAAGUGAUAGCGACAGGAGUUUUAUAGCCAUUUUAGUUUUAAUAUAUCAGUCGUCUGUGGCGGAAAAACGUCCAAAGCAGUGGCCUUUACUUGCCUUUGGAGUUGUCUUCGCAUCAGGAAUUAUCACACUGUUAACACUUUUGUACCCCGUAUACCACAAGCUGAACCGCAUCGCUGGCGACAACUGGCGCACCUUCGCUGCAGCCACCUCCGCCCUGGGCACCGCAGUCACCGUCGCCAUAUUGGCUCAGGGUCUCAACGCGGCGGCCAUCUUGGAUGACCUGGUGUUGCCAGUGCUAGCGGUUUUCACCACCGUCGUGGAAGUCGUAGGCUUUGUAUUUAUUUAUGGAUUAUUCUACCUCUCAGUGGAUAUAGAGUUUAUAACCGGAACGCAUUUACCCUGGUUCUGGCUGAUGAUGUGGUGGCUGACGCCGAUCCUGCUGAUGGGUGUGUCGGGCUGGUGGUUGAGAUCCUUGCUUCGAGCGACGUGGGGAAAUGGACAGACGUUGUGGCCUCUCGGUGGAGUGCUGAUCGGAAUAUUGGUGAUUAUGAUCAUACUAGCUGGUAUAGCAGUGGCUAAGGAGGAGCAGUUCAAUCUAUUUUCGAAAAUCAAGUCAGCUUUCCGUCCUUCAAGAUUAUGGGGCCCAGAGGAGCCUAUGUCGAGAUAUAUUUGGAUGUCGCAGCGUUCACUCAACGAAAAUUCAGAAUAUGAUUACGACGUAGACACUACUGCGUUCAAUAACAUAAUAAAUAAGUAUAACGUAAAGAACAACGAAAUAAAACACGACGGCUGGUCUCCAAACCAAGAUAUAUAUCAGAGUGCUAAGAAUAAGAAAAAUUACGACAUAAUUAAAAGAAAAGAAAACAUUUAUUCCGACAACGAAGCUAUUUAUUCGAUUCCAGUCAAUUUUGAAAAAGGUAAAAAUCCUAUGGACAUCUACAACAGUAUUUGUAUUUCGAAAGAAGAAAUAGGCGGUCCAAUAUGUUGUGAAUGCAAUAGACAUUUUCAACUGAAGGUGCCUGAUUUAAGGAACAACGAAAUAUCGACUAGUCUAUAACAUCAUUCUGGGUACAACGAAUAUUCUCUAGUCGAGUUACUUUUAAAUAGAUACGUAAUUAUGAACAAAUACAUUAUAAAUUAUUAUUAACAAUAAAUCUUGUAUUAUUUACUAAAUCAG